CUAUGGUAAGAUAACUUGCUGCACUUCUCCAGACCCUAUUGGGUAUCCCGGCUGUUUGAUGGACUCUUUGCUGUGAGUUGCUAACACAAGUUUACUCUCCUUGCUUCUGUGCUUUCUUUCAGUCUGUAGAAGAAGAGGAAAAAAAUGGAGUACAGAAAAAAAGGUCUUCUUGCUACAAUAAUUUUUUUCACAGCUGUCUGCUACAAAGUGACCGCACAGGAAACAAGACUACUGGAUUUUCUAAAUAGCACAGAUGUUGUAGAUGACCAGUACGAUGGAUGUCUUGAAGAGGCCAUGAAGAAGUUCAUCGAGUCACACGUGUUAAAACAAGAACUAAAUAACAGUGAAGGAUUUCAGAAAGCGUGGAAUAAAAGUAACGAGUGUUCAAAGCAGAUCCCUCAAGGACGAAAAGAGCAUAGUGCUGCACUUUCAGUCUAUCUGAAUGGGGAUAAAUCGUUCAUACAAACACUGAACAAAGCAAUAGAGACAAUGGGUGGAAAUGUUAGCAUCUAUGAAAACCACUUCCACUUCAAGUCUCUUCAUUUCCUGCUGAUGGACUCCAUGAGGCUGCUGAAGCCAAAGGAGUGCAAGAACUUUUAUGUUUUUCAAGAUGGUGAAAACCAACCACAGAAAGGCUCCACAGUGAGAUUUCCAAGUUUCACCUUAGCUCAUUCAAACUAUGAAGAGCUAAAGAAACUUGAAGAUGUCAAUGAGAAUACUAUUUUAAAUCUCACUUCUUGUUUCUUUGUCAACCUGAAAGACUAUGUGUGCGGUCAAGAACAGGAUGAAAUACUCUUAUCUCCAGCAGAAGUUUUCACUGUGGAACAAGUGGAAACAAAAACUACAUCGGAUGAUGACGAAUACCUUGAGAUUGAUUUAAGCCACUCAGGACUGAAAAGCUCACACAACUGUUACAUCUUUCCACGGACCUCAAGAGGGCAUGAGACUACCACAGCUGUCAUAGAGCGAUCCAGUGUUCCAGGAGGGCAGAAAACGACCACAACUGUCAUAGAGCGAUCCAGUGUUCCAGGAGGGCAUGAGACUACUACAGUUGUCACAGACCGAAACAGGUCUCCUCCGGCUGCUGUCUCCACCCUGUGGCUUGUAUCAGUGCUUGUGGCCUUAUCUUUGUUUUCUUUAGCUGUUUAGCAAAAACAGUUAUCAUUCAGAAUUUCAGAUUUUUAUCAUCUACAGUAUUGCUGUGAUUCUUCAUAUAAUUAUUUGACACGUUAUCUGACUGAUUGUGUUGAAUUAGUAGCAGUAAUUUUUUGAUUCUGUCAUAUGUUAUGAAUUACAGACUGCAUGACUUCAGAAUAUUUGAUAAAGAUUUUAAUGGGGUGCAGAAAGUUGGUGUAAAAUACACUGCGUUCAGAUUUCAGGCUCACGUGCAGCUGCUGUCAAGACCAACUAGAAAUAAUCUAUGAUCAUGAGAUGCUUUUAUUUGUUCUUAUGGUCACAUAGAUCGAUAGAUAGAUAUUGAUAGGUUUUAUAGACUUUAUUAAGCCUGCACAGUUCAUUUGAUUUUAGCGGCACAGGGGUCAGCAAGAACAAAGGUGAAUUUGAUAUAGAUUAGAAAAAAAAAGAAAAGAAAUAAAAAAAAGGUAUACAAAUUAAAAAAAAACCCAAAAUACUAUAGAAAAGUGUAUGUUGCUAUAGUAAAAUACACUGCAAGACAUGUCACAGAAUUAUGUUAUAUGUAUAUAAAGUACAGUGGGACUGAUAACAUAUACAUGUAUGUAUUUUAGUAGUUAUCUGUGAUAUGUGCGCAUUGUACAGUAUGACUGAUUUGAAGGACCUACGACAGCGCUCUGUCCUAAACAGUCGCUGAUGCUCUUCCUGCCAAACUGCUUCUGUUUUCCUGUCAAAUAAACAACAUGCAAAAUAUAAAAGGCUUUGCAAUGAA